AUGCGCCUGGAGCAGCAACCCGAAGCCCAUGAAGAUCCCCACUACCAGGGUCAUUAUGACGCUGCAGCUGCCUGCCCAUCAUGGGCCAAGGACUGGGACUGCAUGCUGGACGGCGACACCAAUCGACCCAACCUAUUUGCCACCUACAACAAGGCAGCUGAGAGCAUAACUGUCCGACCUGAGCAGGUGUACAAGCCGUAUGACUGCGACCUGCGGCCGUGGGAUCCGGAACACUUUGCCGAGUGCACUGCGGCCAAACGCAUCAUCAUGAUCGGCGACAGCCUCAUGCGCCAGCAGUGGCUCUCCCUCGCCUGCAUGCUCGCAGAUGUCACGGUGUCCGGGGAGCACCAUUUCUGGGACGAGGAGAAGAUCCCGGUGGCGAUGGAGCAUGACUACAUCGCGCGGGGGAUCCCGGGGGACUUUCGGAUCCCCCGCCAGUACAUCGGCCGCUUCGAUUUGAAAUCCGGCGCGCAGGUUUUCCUGCGAGCGUUCGGGCGGUUCAAUCUGACGUUGUGGGACGACGUGUUUGCUGAGUUCCAGCCGCUGACUGACAAUGACGUCAUCAUCGUCAAUUUUGGCGCCUGGUACCCGCGCUACAACGUGCACGAGCAAGGGGACCCCUGGAAGGCGUGGCAGGAGGACAUGACGGAGCUGAUAAAUCUACGGCUGAGCCGAUACGCGGCGCGCUCGUUUUACCGAUCGGCCACGGCCACGCAUUUUGGCGGCGUGAACGGGACGAUGACGUUUGAGAAGUCUGCGGCUGAUGCGCUGGCGGAAAAGGGGGGAUGCAUGUCCUCGCCCCUCAAUGAGGCCUGGUAUGAGGACUGGAUGAAGACGUUCCUGCGCAGCUGCGGCCCACGCUGCUCAAAGAUCGGGAUCCUCCCUGUCUUUGACCUCACGCAGGCGAGGUACGAUGCGCACCACGGUAAUUUUGGGAGGGGGAAGGGCACGUGGACGCUGGAUUGCCGGCACUUCUGCACCAGCGUGACGGACUUUUGGAACCUAGUAUUCUACAACCAGUUUUGCUGAUCAGCACAUGAGUGCGCCGCGCUGGACAGCAUCUUGAGUUUAAGUAAUGCUGGAGGUUCUGUGUGCUCAGCGCGAAACGCUCUGCCAAUGCAGACCCCAUCAUGAUUAUAGUCGGGGCUUUUAUAAAUGCCUCCAUAAUCACUAGUCACUGUAUACACGGUGUACACAGACGGUAAAGAACGCAUGCAAGAUCAACCC